AUGUCACACCUUGUCAGGAUACGCCCUAAACUACUUUUAGCAGAUACGGAGAAAACUCUUUUGCCCAAGUUGGAAUUUUUGGAAGCUAAAGGCUUUUCAUGCCUUGAAAUUGCCAAGAUGCUAUCCAUACGCCCUAAUGUUUUGGGAAGUAGCUUAGACAAACAGAUUAAGCCCGCAUAUGAUUUCCUUAGGAACUUGUUACAAUCCGAUAAGAAGGUCAUCGCAGCUGCUAAACGAUGUCCUGAUAUCCUUGCUCACAAGAAAUUGCCUUGUUUGGAUAUUUUGCGAGGAUAUGGAGUGUCCGACGCCAAUAUAGCUACAUUGGUUAUUUACCGGCCUAGCUUUUUAAUGUUGAGUUCGGAUCAGUCUAGAAAAAUUUUGGAGAGAGUGGUGGAAAUUGGGUUUGAUGCGUCGAAGAUAAGCUUUGUUCUGGCAUUGAAUGCGUUUUGGUCAAUGAGCAAAUCAACGUGGGAAAGUAAGUUUGAUGCAUAUAAGAAGUGGGGAUGGUCUGAAGAAGAGGUCUGGGAAGCUUUUCAAAGAAAUCCUUGGUGCAUGAUGAUAUCUGAAGAUAAGCUUAUGGGGAGUAUGGAUUUCUUCAUCAACCAAAUGGGUUGGAGGCCCUGCCUCAUGGCUAAGUGCCCAACAAUCUUGGGACUGAGCUUGAAGAAGAGAGUAGUCCCGAGGUGUUCGGUUUUUCAACUUUUGUUGUCAAAAGGUUUGGUGGAGAAGGAGGUUAGCAUUAAUACAUUAUUGUUAGCUUCAGAAGAGAAGUUCCUGCAGAAGUUCGUUGCGCGUUAUGAGAAGAAAGCUCCUGAGCUGUUGAAGAUGUACAAGGAAACAUUGGAUCUUUCAAAUAGACCGCAGAUCAAUGAUGAGACAUGA